ACCGUAUUUGUCUGUAGUAUUCAGCAUUGUCUGCGAGUUUUUUGAUUCUGAGAGACGCUGGCACUUUGUAGUAAAUGAAGGGGAGGGGAUAUCCCUAUGUAAAAUACUAAUCUGGAUAUAACCCAGGGCCAGAAAUCUGUGGUUUGUGUAAUAAUUUCGGUGAACGUUGCAGAACUGGAGAGUUCUGUAUGACUGAUAAUCAAGAAAAACUCCCUGAAGAAGGUGGGAAAAGGGAGUUGGUAAAUUUUGGUGUAUUUGUGUAGCCGCUCAAGGACCCAGCUGCUCUUGGAUCAGCAGCACGUGUUCCCAGUAAGCUGGGAACCACUGUCUUCUCGUGAGUCUGCAUGCUUGGCCAUUUUCUUAGCCUUUGCAGAGAUUGAUUACCUGGGACAACUGGAAUCCAGUAUGAGAAGGGGGGAUUUGGGAGCUGAGAUCCUGCGGGUUUCUUCUUUCUGCUCCUUUCCUAGGCCGGUGCUGCUAAACCAGCAGACCUUCCUUGAGCAGACCGGCCCCCGGGCUAGGACUUGUGUGGCUGAGUGUCAGAUGGCAGCCCUGGCCGUGGCCUGGAGGUGGACAGGCCAGUGUUAUCAGAGAUGUUGAUCUUGGAUUACAGGAAUUAUUUCUAGGCAGCAAGCCCAGUGUUCAUUUUCCUGUCCAGCUCUCUGGUGUCCAGGAGAGUCUGUGCUUGCAGAGAAGGUAGCCAGCUUUAUAAACGGAUGCAGCCAACUGGCCAUCCACCAAACAGACUUUGUUGAGCAAGAGUCAAGCACUGUCUCUGGCCUCAGGGAUCUUCUGUGUCUGUUCUGGGUGUGAUUAGGGCAUUGUCAUUAGGUGGCUUUGUGAGCUGGAGAAAGGCAUUCAUUGUUUUUGCUCAAGGGUCAUUGUCCCAAAGUUAGAACUGGAGAGGCCCUCAGAGAUCAAACCCUUCCCAUGCACAAUACAGAGAGGAAACUGAGUCCCACAGCUAGCUAGUGGCUACCCUGCCACUGAAACCUCCAAAUGCUUGAGCAACAGCUUACCAUUUUAAACCCACCAGUUCGAUGAUACUUGCUUCGUGUAUCUAUCUUAAUCCAUUAGUAGAAAAUCGGACAUAUUCUUUAGUAGUUGUAUAGAGAGCCUCAAAUUGUACUUUUAAACAUUUUCUGUUGGGGCACAGAUUUAAGAAUUUUAAUCACAUGGGAAUUAACAGCACAGGUUGUACACUUCCGGUGGGGGUUGACUUGAUAGGAGGCAUCAGUGAUGUUUCCCUGGGAGAGACUGAGGCCUGGUGCAUCCCUUUUCAGAGGGCUUCUCUUUGGAGGUGGCUUUGGUUUUCUCUUUGUUUCAUCAAAGGGAAACAGUCCCGUGGCAGAUGGCUGUAUCUUCUCUUUCUGCUCUGUAAGGCAUGCCCUCUGGCCUCAGCAGUGAACCACUUUUUAAACCAUACUGUUUACACAGCUCGUUCCUAUAAACUGCGCUAGAGGUAAUGUGCUGGUAAGACUUCUUCCAUGUCUGUCUUUGAAAGUAAAACAUCUCCUUCAGAACUGCAGUUCUCAGAUUUCGUGUGGGAAAGAAACCUUCCAGCCUCUGUUAAAAUGCAGAUUGUGGGGUUCCUCCCCUAGAGAUUCUGCUUUGGUAGGCAGGCCAGAGUGGGCCUCAGGAAUCUGCAUUUCUCUCCAGCAUCCCAGCCCUUCUGCUGUAGACCUCUGUGGCUCCCCUGUGAAACAUGAUGAACGUUCUCUUUGGCUGUGAAGAAAAGACUGACCUUGUACGAUGGUGGCUUUCUAAGUGGACUAGAAAUAACUAAACUGCGUGGGUAGAGACCAGUGAAGUGUGAACCCUCCAUCCUCAGGUUGACUCUCUGUGGUUUAUAGCUGCAUAUCUUCUUUGCAUUCUGAGUUUCUAUGCUCCAGAGAAAUGGCUUUUGGCCCAAUUCUCCAUUGGCCCCAAGGUUUCUGACUCUUGUGCCGAUCAUAGUGGCUGCAGACCCCAUGUUCUCGGGUUCCUCUCUGAGCAUUCAGAGAGAGGCUCCUGGAGUGAACAGUGUUCACUUGGCAUCUUUGUGUGUUUCUGGGAGGGUGAAUGCAAUGAUUGCUACCACCGGAGAGCUGGCUCCCAAUCGCCAACUCAUGACUUACUGGUUGCAGGAGCUUCAGCAGAAGAGAUGGGAAUAUUGUAACAGUCUUGACAUGGUCAAGUGGGACAGCAGGACCUCUCCAACUCCUGGGGAUUUUCCUAAGGGUCUUGUAGCCAGAGAUAACACCGAUUUAAUUUACCCACACCCAAAUGCUUCUGCAGAAAAAGCCAGAAAUGUCCUGGCUGUGGAGACUGUGCCUGGAGAGCUGGUGGGAGAACAAGCUGCAAAUCAGCCGGCCCCAGGGCAUCCAAAUUCCAUUAAUUUUUACUCUUUGAAACAGUGGGGCAAUGAGCUCAAAAAUUCAAUGUCUUCUUUCCGUCCUGGGAGGGGCCAUAAUGAUAGUCGGAGGACUGUGUUUUAUACCAAUGAAGAGUGGGAACUUUUAGACCCAACCCCUAAGGACCUAGAGGAGUCCGUAGCGCAGGAGGAAAAGAAGAAGCCGACCCCUGAAGGAAACAAAGGAGUAGCUGGCUCAGGGUUCCCCUUUGAUUUUGGACGUAACCCUUACAAAGGAAAGCGCCCUCUGAAAGACAUAAUUGGGUCGUACAGAAAUCGUCACAGCAGUGGUGAUCCUUCAAGUGAAGGCACACCAGGCAGUGGCAGUGGCAGCAUCAGCGUCAGGAAGCCAGCCUCCGAAAUGCAACUGCAGGCCCAGAGCCAGCAGGAAGAGCUGGAACGGUUAAAGAAAGACCUAUCCAGUCAGAAGGAGCUUGUUCGGCUGCUCCAGCAGACAGUCCGGUCAUCCCAGUAUGACAAGUAUUUCACUAGCAGCCGGCUCUGCGAGGGGGUCCCAAAGGACACGCUUGAGCUUCUGUACCAAAAGGAUGAUCAGAUUCUGGGCCUCACCAGCCAGCUGGAGAGGUUCAACCUGGAGAAGGAGAGUCUUCAGCAGGAAGUGAGGACGCUGAAGAGCAAAGUGGGCGAGCUCAACGAGCAGCUGGGGAUGCUGAUGGAGACCAUCCAAGCCAAGGAUGAGGUCAUCAUCAAGCUCAGCGAGGGCGAUGGCAGCGGGCCUCUGACCAUGGCACCCGGCUCCCCUUCCACCGCGCCUGUUGGCAGGGACCAGCUGGAACUGGACAGGCUGAAAGAUAAUCUACAAGGGUACAAAACCCAAAACAAAUUUCUAAAUAAGGAGAUUUUGGAACUCUCAGCUCUACGAAGAAAUGCAGAAAGGAGAGAGAGAGAUCUCAUGGCGAAGUAUUCUAGCCUGGAAGCCAAGCUCUGCCAGAUAGAAAGUAAAUACCUGAUAUUGCUCCAAGAAAUGAAGACACCAGUAUGCUCAGAAGACCAGGGGCCCACCCGGGAGGUCAUAGCCCAGUUGCUGGAGGACGCACUGCAGGUUGAGAGCCAAGAACAGCCAGAGCAAGCAUUUGUGAAACCUCAUCUUGUCAGUGAAUAUGAUAUUUAUGGGUUCAGGACUGUACCUGAGGAUGAUGAGGAAGAGAAGUUGGUUGCCAAGGUCCGUGCGUUGGACCUGAAGACUCUCUACCUGACAGAAAACCAGGAAGUCUCCACUGGGGUCAAGUGGGAAAACUAUUUUGCGAGUACAGUGAACAGGGAGAUGAUGUGCUCCCCAGAAUUAAAGAACCUGAUCCGUGCGGGCAUUCCCCACGAGCACCGUUCCAAGGUAUGGAAGUGGUGUGUGGACCGUCACACCAGGAAGUUCAAGGCCAACACUGGGCCUGGCCACUUCCAGACGUUGCUGCAGAAGGCGCUGGAGAAACAGAACCCGGCCUCCAAGCAGAUUGAGCUGGAUUUGCUGCGAACUCUGCCCAAUAACAAACAUUACUCCUGCCCCACCUCAGAAGGCAUACAGAAGUUACGCAACGUCCUCCUUGCCUUCUCCUGGCGGAAUCCAGAUAUUGGGUACUGCCAAGGCCUAAACAGGUUGGUGGCAGUGGCCCUCCUGUACCUGGAACAAGAAGACGCUUUCUGGUGUCUCGUUACCAUAGUGGAAGUUUUCAUGCCUCGAGACUAUUACACAAAGACUCUUUUAGGAUCACAGGUGGACCAGCGGGUGUUCAGAGACCUCAUGAGUGAGAAGCUGCCUCGGUUGCAUGCCCACUUUGAACAGUACAAAGUUGACUACACGCUCAUCACUUUCAACUGGUUUCUGGUGGUGUUUGUGGAUAGUGUCGUUAGUGACAUCCUCUUUAAAAUAUGGGACUCUUUCCUUUAUGAGGGACCAAAGGUUAUUUUCCGUUUUGCCCUGGCACUUUUUAAGUACAAGGAAGAGGAGAUCUUGAAACUGCAGGAUUCGAUGUCCAUAUUCAAAUAUCUCCGCUCCUUCACUCGCACCGUCCUCGAUGCUAGGAAGCUGAUCGGUAUCUCCUUUGGGGACCUGAACCCCUUCCCCCUACGCCAGAUCCGGAACCGACGUGCCUACCACUUGGAGAAGGUCCGGCUGGAGCUGACCGAGCUGGAGGCCAUCCGCGAGGACUUCCUGCGUGAGCGGGACACCAGCCCUGACAAGGGUGAGCUGGUCAGCGAUGAGGAGGAAGAUACCUGACCUUCUCCAUCUGAGUGGGUCCCUGGACACUGUUCUUCCUGCCUUCAAACCAAAGUAUGCCCAAAGGGCGAAAACGCGCUUAAAAGCCAGAAUGUAAUGUGUGUGGCCUCUGGGAAUCUGCUGGGCAGAUGUCCAAAGCCAGACUGCACUUCCUCACCUCCCACUGCAUGGGGGCAGGGCUGGGAGGUCCGAUCUGUUUACAGCCAUCUCCACGCCACGGCUUCUGGUUACACGUAUCCCAGUCAUGUUUCUGCCUGAUUACUGGCGGGACGUCGGGCUUACCAGUGCUGUGUGCAAGAGCCUCUGUCAGCCUGGCGGUGCCCUGACCCUCUGAAACCUUGCUUUGCUGGGCAUCUCCCCUUGUUCUCCCUCCUGCACACAGUGGGCAGUUGUGUGUGGUUUUGAAUGGCAGUGCUGUGAAGGAUGCCCACUGUGCUUCAGGCACCUGUAGGCCAGAGGGUGGCUGCCUCAGGCAUAAGGUUUGGUAUGAAAAUGAACCGCUGUGGAAAAGCAGGCACAUCCCUUGUUCAGAAACUGCCACUGUAGAAAGCCUGUGAACCUUCUGCCGGUGGCUUUAAGCCGCCAGCCAUGCCCCAUUUCUAGAAUAGCCUUUGCCCUGGCUAUCCAGACACCCACCUCACUUCUCACGGCCAGCCUGGGUUUGUACAUUGCUGGGCUGCUCUGUCCCCAGCUUGCUGUGUCUGGCAUGGCUCUGUGAGGUUCUGUGGAAUGCCCUCUUGACUCACAUUCACCAGGUAUGGUGAGGUGCAAUUCCAGGUAAAUGGUGGACCAUCACAUUGCAAAGCAGGCCCACCCCUGGGCUCCCUGGGCUGGCCUUGGUUGAGGGGAAGGAUGAAUCUUUUUGAGGGUGCUUUGCAGGGCAGUGGUGCAGCUGCAGUAUGAACGCUCUUGGACAGCUGAAAAGCUUGGCCUCCUUGGGGAUGGCCAGUGCUCCCGUGUCUGCUCCUCCUGACUGCGUUCUGCAGGAGGCCAGCUGCCAGCGCUGGGGCUGGGAAACUCCUGCGCUUGGGGCCCAGGCUUGGGGAGCUCUCCCAGAUGUGAGCCCUCCCCACCAUUGCCUAGAAGCAUCUUGUUCUCUGCAAGGACGCAGGGUCACUGUUGCCUCUGGCAGUUUCUGGGAACUCGGAGGACUGCCUUUCUGAAGGCUGGAGAAGGUUUUGAGCAAGGAGCUUACUUCUGUUCAGUCCCUCUAGACCAUCCCUGAUAUGCAGAUGUGACAGGGUAUUUUCCGGCAGUCUUAUUAAAAUACGAGAGAAGCGAUCUCCGUGGAAUGUUUCACAUUACCUGAAAAAAACUGAAAUCACCCUUGGUUGGCAGAAUGCAGUGGGACUAGGAAUCGAAGCAGGGCAGUUUUAGGGAGCACCUUUUUCCUGUUACUUUCUGCUGUUGACUCUAGCACUGCCGCACGAAGGUGGCGUUUCCGCAUGCUAGACAGAACCUCGGCUCCAUGUCUUUAGUGGAAUUGUUCUCUGUGUAGAGGGACUGACUUCCAUGUUUAGCCAAAAGCCUUUGCCUGUUUCAGGCAUCAGAAAUGGGUUUUGUCAUUGUCUUUGUCUUUGAGAACAGCGGAUUCCUGAAGGAGUAUGUCCUGUGAGCUGGGCGUUGCAUCUGCUCCAAUUGAGUGUUGGAACCCCACCCCCUGGCCCAUUGUGCAGAGGUAACUGUCAGCCUGGGGGGCGGCUGCUCAGGAGGAGCAGCAGGAAUUGUCAGCCUGGGGGCGGCUGCU